AUGACAACCCCCAGCCGAGGAACAGUGUUUUCGACGCGCGCCUCUUUGCGGCAGACACGAACUGGAUCACCCUCCCCGAACCCCCAGCCUCAACCCACUGCUGAAGCUAAAGACCUUGCCGACUUGGAAAUAAACUUGACUAUCCAGCUGGAACUGCGGGCUCAACUCCAAGAAGAGCCAGAGACUGACGAGAGCAAGGCUAUUCUCAUCGAGACCAAUGACAAGAUCUGCGACAUUGUUAGGGACAUGGACAGGAUUAGAGCUUCUCGUGGUUCCCCGAUGUACGCGGGCUUUUGGGGCACGGCGGAUGGGGGGCGAUCUCCAGCUGGCACUGCUACAGCACAACAACGAGCACGUCAACAGGGCAAUCAAGUUCGUCAACAACAGACACAGAGGGGGCUAAACCCCCAACAACACCCUCCUCAACGGCAACAGCAGCAACAGCAUCAGCAACAGGGGCAACAACGGCCUCUACAAGGUUUAUACCAGCAAGAACAAGAAAACCUUCAACAACUCCCCCAGCAACAUGAGUCCCGACUCGACGGUUCCGAAGACGCCCAAAACUCUUUCAGCGGGUUUGUUCCUCGGGAGCGGAAGCGCUCAAUCGGUACCAGCUUAGGCAAUGAUGCUCUCAAUGAUACCAGACGUAGUUCAAAGCGUACGGCUUCUGGAAGCGGUACUUCCUCUCAUUCGGCAUUCUCGGAUCCCUUCAAUGCCAGCACCUUCGCAGGCAACGGCAUUGACCCCUUCGACGACAACUUCGGCUUUGGCAACGGCUUCGACUCUGGCCCAUUGAUCGACCUCACCGAUGAUGUCGAUGUGGACGCCCUGCUUGGGCAACAGUUCGCGCAAGCUACUUCAACAUCUUCAGCGACCUUGACUCCAACCUCGCCGUUUGCUCCUUAUCAGAGUAAUCAGGUAUCGUACCAUGGCCCUCAAGCUGGCAUACCGCACAGCACGAGCUUGCCGGCCCCUCAACUUCCUGCUCCUGCUCCUCAGCUCUACAACACGCCGGACUUGAUGCCUGACAUAAAUGAUAUCUGGAAUGGUCCUUUUCACAACCCUGCGGUCUCUAGCAGAUCGGGUACGUCACGCUCGUCUCGACCAGCUCGGCCUCAGCUCUCAAGCUCUUCCAAUAGUAUCUUCUCUUCGGAUAACAGAUCUCUGGCCUUUCCUAGUUUACCCGGUGGCCUGGUGACCGUCGAUAGCUCGCGGCCGGGCACAUUAAUCAAUGGGGACUACUAUGCGCCGAAUAACUCGGGCUCUAGCAGAGUACACAUACCAUCGCUGACCGACGUAAUCAGUCGGACUGCUACCUACGAUUUCAGCUCCAUGACUGAUGUAUGGGGGAAUCCAUUAGACGAGAGGCUGACGACGCUCGGUCUGGAUGAUCCCUUGAAGAGAGAGGACGAGAUCAGUAAGCUGCUAUCCAACAUCCGGCCAGAUGAGGAUAUACCACCGGAGGAACGCGGAGACACACCACCAGAUUUGAAGUACCCCCUCUAUCCACACCAGCAGUUGGCACUCAAGUGGAUGACUGAUAUGGAAGGGGGCCACAACCGGGGUGGAAUUCUUGCCGAUGAUAUGGGCCUGGGGAAAACGAUUUCGACGUUGGCACUCAUGGCUAGCCGCAGAGCUCCGGAGGGUGAAGUGGCAACCAACCUAAUCGUUGGCCCCGUGGCUUUGAUCAAGCAAUGGGAACUUGAGAUCCAAAACAAGAUGAAAGAGGACCGCCGCAUGAAUGUCUAUCUCUAUCACGGCGGGUCAAAAAAGAAGCCUUGGACGGAACUCCAGAAGUACGACGUCGUGCUAACCACCUACGGUACCCUGACUGCUCAAUUCAAGAAACACCAUCAUUAUCUCGAGAAAAAUGCCGAGAGCCUGAAUGGGUUGGAUGAGCAAGCUGAGAAGCGAUAUCGGCUCGAGUGCCCGAUGCUUCAUCCUAGCACCAAGUUUUUCCGCGUCAUUUUAGACGAAGCCCAAUGUGUCAAGAACGCCAAUACAAUGCAGAGUCGAGCUGUCCGCCAGGUUCGAGCGACUUACCGAUGGUGUCUGACUGGAACGCCCAUGAUGAACAGUGUUUCGGAGCUUUCCUCUCUGCUGCGUUUCCUGCAAAUCAAACCUUUCUGUGACGAGAAGAAAUUCAAAGAAGCCUUCGCAUCUUUGGACCACAAGUACAACGGACGCGACAUUGAAAAGAGCACGGCCAUGAAACAGUUACAGGCUUUGUUGAAAGCCAUAAUGCUGAGGCGCAUGAAGACUACGGUGAUAGACGGCAAUCCCAUUCUGAACCUGCCUCCGAAGUCCCUGUACACUGAGCACGUUGAGUUCUCCGAAGGCGAGCUUGAAUUCUACAAGAAUCUGCAAGAGAAGUCCCAGGUCAUCUACGGCAGAUAUGUGAGAAAUAACACGGUGGGCAAGAAUUACUCAAACAUUCUCGUCCUUCUCUUGCGACUCAGACAAGCCUGCUGUCACCCGCAUCUCACCGACUUUGAGGCUAACCCCAAGAAUCAUCUGGCCGAAGCUACAAUGAUUGAGCUGGCGAAGACCCUGGAGCCUGUCGUCAUUGACAGGAUCAAGCAAAUCAAGGCAUUCGAAUGCCCUAUAUGCUACGAUGCGGUCAUAGACCCUACCAUCCUACUUCCCUGCGGUCAUGAUAUUUGCGCGGACUGCUUUUCCUCGUUGACUGACCAAUCCGCUAUGAACGGAAUCCGAAACGGACAGGACGGAGCGAAUGUCGCCAAAUGUCCGGUUUGCCGUGGCCCCGCUGACCAUACAAGGGUGACCAAUUACACGUCUUUCCAGGCUGCUCAUAUGCCUGAAGCCCUGGAGAAGUUGGACAACGAUGAUGCUGAUUCUCUUGUCGGUGAUGGAUCAGACACGUCGGAUGGGUCGCUGGGCAGUCUCAGUGGGGAGAAGAAGCGUAAAGCAAAGAGCGAAGGGAAACGUCCUACAAAGGUUAAGCCGGAAGAGAAGGAGGACUGGAAGCCGACCGUUUUUGACCAACUGCGCAAAGAAGCAAACGCCAGCAGAAACCAGGACGCACGAGAUCGCCUACUCCAGUACACUUGGGACCAUUGGCAAGACUCGGCCAAAGUAAGUCGAGUGACCGAACUGGUUGAUCAGUUUCAGCAGUUCAACGAGAAGGCCAUCAUCUUUUCGCAGUGGACGUCUCAUCUCGAUCUCAUUGAGUGCUCUCUCAAGUUUAAGCUCAACAUCAAGUACCGUCGCUAUACAGGUAAUAUGUCCAGAUCCCAACGCGAUAAUGCCAUCCAGGCGUUUGUCGAAGAUCCUGACGUCAAGGUAUUACUGGUCUCUCUCAAAGCCGGAAAUGCGGGCCUCAAUUUGACUGUUGCUUCGCGCGUCAUUGUUUGUGAUCCCUUUUGGAAUCCGUUCAUUGAGGACCAGGCCGUCGACAGAGCCUAUCGAAUCGGCCAACAACGGGAGGUUCACGUUUACAAAAUUUUGGUUCAAGAAACCAUUGAGGAUCGCAUCAUCGAUUUGCAGAACCUGAAGCGAAACAUUGUCGAGACGGCGCUUGAUGAGACCGAGGGUAAGCAGCUCGCAAGGCUUUCCAUCGACGACCUCAACUACCUUUUCACUGGUCGCCGUGGAGGUGCACGACAACAGUAA